UUAUAGAGUUGUUUGUUUACAGUGAAGGUUGUUAGGGGAAACUUAUUCAAUCUUUGCUAAAAAAUAAAUUUUUGAUUGAUUAAACUUGUUCAAAAUACUCUGAGUAUCAAACCGUUUUGAAAAAUUUAUCUAUCAAAAGAGCAAUUGGACAUUCCAGUCAUUAGCCAGUCAUGAAUGCAGAAAUCGAGGAGACUCUUAAACGUAUUGAAAGCACUCAUAAGUCUGUAAUGGGUGUUAUUGUUACCAAUGAAGAGGGAAACAUUAUCAAAUCAACUUUGUCCGAAAAUAAAGAAUCUUCUCAAAGUUAUGCAAACAUUAUCUCAGAUAUAGUUGAGAAAGCAAGGAUGGCUCUUAAGGAUAAAGAAUAUAUGAAUGAUGAGCUGACUUUUCUCAAGAUUAGGACCAAAAGAAUUGAGUUCAUCGUUGUUCCUGACAAAGACUUCAUCUUGAUAACAUUAUUAAAUCCUACUAUGGAGUCAACAGCUUAGAUCGUUUCGUCUUUAAUGGAAAAAAUAAUGUUAAAUAUUAAAGGGUUGCGCAAGGAUUUGUUUUACUUUUUCAUUGGCCUCAAUAAAGAAAUUCACUAACAAUUUAAACUCUUAAAACCUUGUAAUCAAAACAUUUGUAAAGAUUAAAGGUCAUCAAU